AUGAAAAACAUAAAAUUAGAAGAUAUAAAGAAAUCGAUCAAUGAAAAUGUAGGAGGAUUGGGUAAUACAAUUUCAUUUAUAGUUGAUAAAAUUAAUGAUUUAUUUAAUUUAGAUGGAUUGGAUAUAAUUGGAAAUAUUAUUAUUAAUGAUGAUGGUAAUGAUGAUCAAUUCUACCCAUGUAAUAUACUAAUAAAUGGAAGAUCAGGAAUUGAUGAUGGAGAUACUGAAAAAUUAAUUGAAAGUAUAUUCAAUACAGCAAGUAGUCAAUCACCAUUUGUUUUAGUUUUUGAAGAGAUUGAUUCAAUUUCACAAAUUAGAAAUGAUUCAUUAGGGUAUAUUGAACAAAGAGUAGUUUCAAAUUUUUUAACAUUAUUAGAAAAUAAUAGUAAGAAAAGAUCAGUAUUUGUAAUUGGUGUAACAUCAAGAAUUGAAUCUAUAGAUACAGCGUUCUUUUCAAUUGGAAAAUUUGAUUCAGUUUUAAAUUUACCAAUACCUUCACCAAAUGAUAGAAAAGAAAUUUUAUAUUUAUUAUUUAAAAAAUUUCCAAAUUUUAAAAAUAAUGAAAUACAUUAUAAAGAGUUAUCAGAAUAUUUGGGAGAAUGUACACAUGGUUAUGUAGGUUCAGAUUUAAAUAGUUUAUGUAAAGAAGCUAUUUUAGUGAAUAUUAAAAGAAAUGAUUGUCAUGAUUAUAAUUUAAUUGAAAAAUUCGAUUUUAAUAAAGCAUUUGAGCUUGUAAAACCCUCGAUAUUAAAUCAAUAUAAAUUACCAACCAUUGGUUAUGGAGAUGGUGGUGGUAAUGGUAAUGGUAAUGGGUUCAAUGAAAUUGGUGGAUUAGAUGAAAUAAUUGAAAAAAUCAAAUCAUCAAUAUUAACACCAAUGUUGAAUAAGAGUGUAUUGGAUAGGUUAGGUAUUAAAUCGCCAAGUGGAGUAUUAUUAUAUGGACCACCUGGAAAUGGUAAAAGUUUAAUUGCUCGUGCAAUUGCAUCAUCAUCGCCAAAUAUAAAUUUCAUAUCAAUCUCAUCAACUGAUAUCAUUGAUCCAGUGGUUGGAGCAAGUGAAAAAAACCUUUCAAAAUUAUUCAAAACUUUACGUGAAAGUUCACCUUGUAUUUUAUUCUUGGAUCAAGUGGAAGUUUUAGCAAAAUUAAGAGGUUUUGAUGAUUCUUCUGAACAAUCAUCUGAUCGUUUAUUAUCAUGUCUUUUAACUGAAAUUGAUGGUAUUUAUGGUGGUGGUGGUAGUGGUAACAACAACAAUAAUAAUAAUAGCAAUCAAUCAAUUGUAUUAGCAGCAACAACUCGUAUUGAUUUAUUAGAUCCAUCAAUACUUAGACCUGGUAGAUUUGAUUAUCAUAUUGAAAUACCAAAUCCAAAUAAAGAAGCACGUUUAGAUAUUUUCAAAAAAAUAACUAAAUCAAUGCCAUUGGAUGAAAGUGUAGAUUUCAUUCAAUUAUCAGAAUUAACUCAAGGUUUCAAUGGUGCAGAUAUUAAUAAUCUUUGUAAAGAAACUGCUUUAUUAGCAUUAAGAAAUGAUAUUAAUAUAAAUAAUAUUUCAAUGUCAAAUUUUUUAGAUGCUUUAAAAUUUACAAAAUCUUCAUCUACAAAAUAA